AUCAGCAGGUCUCCGCGUCUAAAGGCGGGUAAUUUUAAAACCAGGCUGCUGUGUUUGUUUCGGCGGCCGCAGAUCUGAGCAGAUUACCGAGAAAAGAAGCGGGAUUUUACCGGGAUGAGCGAAGGGACGCCCCGCACCGCCAUGGCGGAGGCCAACCACCUCCAAGCCUCCCGGCGGAGAACUUCUCCUCGGUUUGGUUCCGCAGGAGCUCCGAGGGAAAGAAGCGCCAAGAUGGCGCCUGGAGAGAAGCGCUCCAUCACUGUGAGGAAGAUCGCUCCCAGGAAAACCACCGCUCUGUCCGACAGCAACAAGGAAAACACCCCGAAGAACCACCGGGAGACCACGGUCACCACCCCGAAGUCUGGACCGGACCGUCUGACCUCCUCAGCCGGGAAGAGGAACCAGCGGCAGGCCGCCGCACCUUCACCCAUCCGCGGUUCCUCCUCUACCGGGAAGAGGAGGCAGCAGCAGGCCGCCGCCCCCUCACCCAUCCUGGCCUCCUCUCCUCCGGCCUCCUCCCAGCCUCCGGAUCUCCAGGACUCGGUCUGGACGCAGAAGGUCCGCCGCUCCUACAGCAGGAUCAGCGACUCCUCGCUCCACAGCCCCGGGAACAGGGAGGAUCUGUUCGGCUUCGAGAGGCUCCACACCCCGGAGGUGGUCCGGAGCCGGGUGGAGCAUUCCAGGGGCGCUCUGGAGGUUUCUGGGUCACUGGUGUCUAUGCUGGAGGCCGAUGAAUGCUGCCCCGAACCGGACCCCAACAUUCCCGGGGUGGCGGUGGUGAAGGAGAAGAGGAGCAGGAGGAGGAGAGUCCAGCCGAUCGACUCCCAGCAGGUGGAGGUUCUGGUGGCUCAGAUGAACGCAGAGUUCCAGGAGGCGGAGGAGUUCGAGCUGGUGGUGGAGUGACCCGUGGGCCCAGGACGGAGAGACCCACCGGGACUACAGA